AUGGGGGACUGUGGCGAUGAGCUCUUCAAGGAGCUUGAAAGCACCUACUGUCCACCAAUUGAUCCUGCAUUGUUUGUUGCGAUCGUAUCGGACUUUGACCUGGCGAUCCCCACUCAGGUCGAACAGUUGCGCGAAACCCUAAACUUGCUGAACGCAUCUGCUGUUGAGCAAGCAGACUUGCCAUUUGACCCCACAGGCACAACGAACCUCCGGAACUCUGACGUUUCAGGCUCUUUGGGCGGCGAAUCGUCUGACGACGCACCAUCGGAUUUCACAAGCUGGCCAUCGCUCGAAAGUCUUGACCAGGACAAUGGUGACUCCAAUAGUGCUAGUCGCCAUGCCGAAAAGCUCAAAGGCUCUAAGCUUGCAUACACCUUUCUGGGCAUGUCAACUGCUGACAAGGCACAAAACUUGAUUAGCAUGUUCCCAAGUAUUACUCGUCUGGAAGCCGAGCGCAUCCUAGAAGAUUGUCAUGACAACCUCAGUCGUUCGAUGGAUGUUUUGCUCAAUCUUGCUUUCAUCGAAGAGACACAAAUUGCCAGAGAAGUUCCUCAAGAAACCCCCAAAGAGGCUGCUCAAGGCGGUCAAUUCUCCACUCCCAAGUCAAUCGAUGGCUUCCAGGCCAACGAGAACCAGAACGGCAGUAAGAAAUCUCGAAAGAAGAAAAAGCAGCAACAACAACGUCGAAUCGAACUGGCAUCCCAGGCCAUGAACAACACCUCUGCCAAUAAAUGGGAGGCAGGAAAGAAGGAUAUCGAGUUUCUUUCCUCGCGGGCCAGCGCUUUGCAAAGGGAGAAAAUCGCAUCGACUUAUCAUGAAAACUCCAUGUCACUCGGUGCGACGAUCAGAGUCUUGGCACAGAUCCAUGGGCCCAAGGACAUCCAGGAGAUUGAAGACGAUCCUGUACUCAUUACACAAGUGGGGGAGCUCAGUCACAAGUACCCCGGCAUCAAUGCCACCACUCUAACAGGCUUGGUUCGGAUAUCAAGCAAUCAGAUCUCAGCCGCAGAUGAACUGGCUGAAAAGUUGGCCCGUCGCCCUGAUCUCACUUGCAUUUCAAAUAUCAUCAGUUUCGUUUCGUCGCCAAUCGCACUCGACGAGGAGGAAAACGUGGCGCCAGCCCAGCAGGCAGAUUCUGCUUCGGAUUUCAUGGAGUUUGAUGAAGCUGCCGCCGCUGCCAACUCUCACUUCGCAGCCCGAUCAGUUGCCCUCGCCCAAGCAUCCCAAGCCGCCCGCCGCGCACGCUCAAACCCGCUGUACGGCGGCGCUUCCGCCUAUUACCGGGACGUUGGAAACGAGCAACGUCAGCUUGCCAUGCGUCAUUUGGCAACAGCUUCUGACCGGCUGGUGGCCCGCCAGUCGUCGCAAUAUGACCUAGAUCUGCAUGGUGUGACGGUCGUCAACGCGGUCAGGAUUGCUCGCGAGAGAGUCCAGGCGUGGUGGGACGGACUAGGAGAUCAGAAGUACGUUCGUGGCGGAGGCCAGAGCUCCCACGGCGGGUUCAACAUUGUGUGCGGUGUUGGUCACCACUCCCUCGACCGCAAGUCACAUAUUGGACCCGCCGUGUGGAACAUGCUGCUGAAGGAGGGGUGGCGUGUGGAGCUCAACCGGGGCUCCAUGUUGGUGACCGGCGUGAAUCGCCGUUGA